AUGAAAAAUUUCGCAUCGAAUAGUGAAAACAACUCAAAAUUCGAUCUCAGCGACCCCAAAUUGUGCGAAAACGAGUCUAAGAUAGUCAAAAUCGAUCACGCCCCUACCUGCAAGCCAGAUCAGACCAGAAUUUACGGUGUAGCUAAGCAGGAAAGAGCCGAGAUUGUUUGCCAAGUGGACGCAAAUCCUCCCGAGGUACACUUCAAAUGGACUUUCAACAACUCCGCAGAUUCAGUGGAAGUGUCGCAAUCCCACAUAGCCAAAAGUGGUACUUCCAGUGUGGUUUCCUAUACUCCCAUUACUGAGUUGGACUAUGGUACUUUGCUCUGUUAUGCAUCUAACAGGAUUGGCAAUCAACGGGUACCUUGCGUGUUUCAUAUUAUUGCAGCUGGUCGUCCAGAUCAGGUCCACAACUGCACCAUUCUCAAUAUAUCGAUGACUUCAUUUCAAAUAAGAUGUACAGAAGGAUUCAAUGGAGGAUUAACACAAGCUUUUUCAUUAGAGCUCAAAGAAAGUCACUCUCAAGAGCUUAUAAACAACAUAACCUCGCCAAUCUCCAGAUUUUCCAUCAACAAUUUGGACCCCGGAGCACAAUACCAAGCCGUAGUUUUUGCAUACAACUCGAAAGGACGAAGCGAGCCUGUUAUUUUACAAGCGUCUACUUUGAGGCUACCUGAGAAGCAGUUGACAGCUGAAAGGGAGUCUCAACGAUACCCGUUUCGAUUCACGCCGCUGAUGAGCGUCAUAAUCGGGGUUGUUUCUGCUCUUCUCAUAGUUCUUCUGGUUGUAAUUCUGGUGCUUAGACUGCAGUGCACCCAAGGAGACGAACGUCGCAGAAAACAACAGCACAGGCACAAGAACGCCGUGGUGAGUGGGGCCAACAUGGAACACAGGGGUAGCGGCAGUGGAGCUACACUAAGCGAUAAAGGAGGUGGUAGUCCGAUCUCCAAACACGAUUCCAGUGCAGGCGAAUGCGACAGUGAUGAAAAGAAUCCGGACAUAAUACCACAACCUGUGGAGAGCGAUGAUGGUCCCGACUACUCUAGGAAGAAGCAGCACAUAUCAACCAUCGACACGUCACAUAAUGAAGCAGGCAAUUCCACGGGGUACAUGGGGUAUUGUACCCUACGAAAUGGGAUCCCUCAAUCAAAAAUGUUGCAAGGACCUAAUCCAAUGAUACCAGCUUAUAGUUCAUCUUGUACCCUUCCACGUCAGCCGCAACAACAAUGGCAGUAUGGCCCUGUAAGUCACUUACCGCCUGCCAUGUACCCAAUACAAUAUCGAGCCGCCCCAUUGGCCCAGCAAAGGCUACGAACGACCCAAUCAAGAGAACCUCCUAUACCCCUUCAACCUCUAGUUACAUCAAUAGAAGAAGAAUUCUCCCCAGAAACACCGCUAAUGGCGAAUAAACGAGAAAGCACCGUUUGA